AUAUAUUUCCAGCGGUUUAGGGAUUUUAGAGCGACCACAUAGGCGAAAGCCGCGCACAGCGCGAGACCACACCUGUGACAGGAGCAUACAGUCCAACUUUCCAAACCGCGCGAAAUACGGACCAAAAUGCCGGUUCGGCGGGGACACGUGGCUCCUCAGAACACUUUUCUGGAUACAAUCAUCAGAAAUUUCGAAGGACAGAAUCGCAAGUUCAUCAUCGCAAAUGCUCGUGUGGAAAACUGUGCCAUCAUCUUCUGCAACGACGCCUUUUGUGGCAUGUGCGGGUACACACGCGCUGAGGUCAUGCAGAAGCCGUGUACCUGCAGCUUCCUGUAUGGACCGCACACCAAGAGGCCUGCCGUGGCCCAGAUGGCCAAGGCUCUGCUGGGCUCCAAGGAGAGGAAGGUGGAUAUCUCCCUCUACACCAAAGAUGACUAAUUUGCGUCACCCAAAACGGCACUUCAACAAGAAAAUAGCGUGGAGCUUCAAACAAACAUCAGGAUUGUUGGCUAUACCUUGAAGAGAUACAAUACAGAGUCUUUCUCAAACCAAUCAUUUGUUUGUGUCAUUGUCUAUAAGUCACGGACAUGCGAUCCAUGACACAUAGUCUAUAAUAUCAGAAGAAUAUGGUAUUUUUUGACCAUAUAGCUGGUAGAAUAACACAUUUGCAUAAUGGAAUAAUA